AUGCCUACUCUGCGCAAACCCGGAAAGCACGAUUCCGAGAGCAGAUCCCACAACAACCCGCUUCAAGAGCCAGGACCUCGGGUACUUUUAGCACACAUCCCCCGGGCAGUCUCUGCUCUAUUAGCGGCGAUAGUCACAGCUCACACCCAGCCCACGGAGCCACAACAGCGGCCAGAUCCUGGAGCGGAUCGCCGCUGGAGGAGGAGGCCUGCAGAGGAGAGCUCUGAGGACGGCCUGAGCUGUAGGGAUCGGAGGAAGGGCCACGGCCGCGGAGGGGGGCUAUCUGGCCUCCUCGUAGGUACUUUGGAUGUGGUGCUGGACUCGUCGGCUCGUGUGGCCCCUUACAGAAUCCUGCUGCAGGCUGGAGACUCGCAGGUCUACUGGAUCAUCGCCUGUGGAUCGUCCCGUAAAGAGAUCACCGAGCACUGGGACUGGCUGGAAUCCAACCUGCUCCAGACAAUCUCCAUUUUUGAGAAUGAUGAAGACAUCACCACCUUUGUGAGAGGGAAGAUCUGUGGCCUAAUCGCCGAGGAGCAGAGAUCGCAGCUGUGUGAGGCCAACCCGGACCCACUCAAGUUCCAGGAGGCUCAGCUGAAGAUGCGUCGCCUCUUUUCCAUGCCCGAGGAGGAGAAGCUGGUCAACUACUACUCGUGCAGCUUCUGGAAGGGCCGGGUCCCACGCCAAGGCUGGCUCUACCUGUGUGUCAACCACCUGUGCUUCUACUCCCUCAUCCUUGGCAAGGAGGUGGUUCUGGUGGUGCCCUGGACAGAGGUGACUCAGCUGGAGAAGAACAGCACCCUGCUCUUCCCAGAAAGCAUCAGGGUGUGCACGCGCUCAGACCACCACUUCUUCUCCAUGUUCCUCAACAUCUCUGACACGUUCAGACUCAUGGAGCAGCUGGCCAACAUGGCCAUGAGCACCCUGCUGGACCAGGAGAGAGCCCGCACCCACCCGGACCCCUCCCGACCGGAGAGGGAGCUGUCCAAGAGCGGAUCCAUGCCCCGGAGCAGCGCGCCGCAGAUCAAGAGGGACCUGGAUGCGCGAGCAAAGAACCAGCAGUACCGCUCGUGGUUCCGGCUGACGGAGGAGGAGCGGCUGGAUGGUCACACAGAUUGCACCUUGUGGACACCCUUUGCAAAGAGCCACGUCCCAGGACAGCUGUUUGUGUCCAGCAGCUGCCUCUGCUUCCGGAGCAAGCAAGAGGACGUAUGCCAGCUCAUCAUCCCACUGCGAGAGGUGACCGUGGUGGAGAAGGCGGACUCUUCUCCGGUUCUGCCCAGCCCGGUCUCCAUCAGCACCAAGAACAAGAUGAACUUCCUGUUUGCCAACCUCAAAGACCGGGACUUUCUGGUGCAAAGAAUCUCCGACUUCCUGCAGAGGACCCCGGACAGCCCUCCCAUUGGUCCCACGCUGCCCACGGUCAGUCCCAGUGGAGAGUGUAAGGGCCGUCAGUUUCACCAGGAUCUUCCCACUGCCAAAUAUAGUCUCCUUCAACUCUACCACCAGGAGGACCAGGACCAAGGGAAAGACAGCGGCUCAGAGGACCCUGAGGACAGCCAAAGGCACAAAGUCAACAAUAAGCAGCAGAAGUUGAAGAAAGAGGCAUGGAGACUGCACUUUUCUGAGUUUGGCCGGGGCGUGUGUAUGUACCGCACCUCCAGGACCCGAGACCUGGUCCUCAAAGGCAUCCCAGACUCCCUCCGGUCUGAGCUCUGGAUGCUCUUCUCCGGGGCCCAGGUGCAGAUGGAGGUUCACCCUGGCCUGUACUCAGACUUGCUGGACCGGGCUUUAGACCAGGACUCUCUGGCCAAAGACGAGAUUGAGAGGGACCUGCACAGAUCCAUGCCUGAACACAAGGCCUUCCAGAACCCCACAGGGAUCUCAGCCCUGAGGAGAGUCCUGACCGCCUACGCCCAACGCAACCCUGCUAUCGGCUACUGCCAGGCGAUGAACAUAGUGACGUCAGUGCUGCUCUUGUACUGUCCAGAGGAACAGGCCUUUUGGCUCCUGGUGGCUCUGUGUGAGCGUCUACUGCCAGACUACUACAACACUAGAGUCACAGGUGCUCUGGUGGACCAGGGGGUGUUUGAGGAGCUGAGCCAGGCCCAGCUGCCUGCUCUGUACGACCACAUGCAGAGCCUGGGCGUGCUGUCCUCCAUCUCACUGUCUUGGUUCCUCACACUCUUCCUCUCAGCUCUGCCCUUCCACAGUGCCACUGUGCUCAUGGACGCCUUCUUCUGCGACGGCAUCACAGUCAUCUUCCAGGUGGCGCUGUCUGUUCUCUAUGACAACAUGGAUGCUCUUUUAGAAUGUAACGAUGAAGGGGAGGCCAUGACCGUUUUGGGAAGGUACCUGGAGAAUGUGAUGAAUCCAGAGGUGGAGGAGCACAUCCCAGUCCUGCACUCGGCCGUGUCCUCCGAGGAGCCUCCUUCUCCCCAGAUAGAUGUCUUCACCCUCAUCAAGGACUCCUACCAGCGGUUUGGAGGUCUUCGAGCGGACGCCAUCGAGCAGAUGAGGUUCAAACAGAGGCUGAAGGUGAUCCAGAGCUUGGAGGACACGGCACAGAGGAGCGUGGUGCGAGCGGUGAUGACGGAGUCUGCCUUUUCCAUCGAAGAACUGGAGGAGCUUUACUGUCUCUUUAAGUCCAAACACAUGAGCAGCUGUUAUUGGGGUCUGGGGCCCAGCCCUGGCUCUGCUGGGCCAGAACUGGUGGUCCCAUACUUGGAGCAGCACCGUGUGGACCACGCCCACUUCAGUCAGCUGAUCAGUGAGCUGGCGCCAUGGCGAUGGAACAACCACACCCACAACAUGGCCGCCCGUCUCUUCAGACUGCAAGACCAGAACCAGGAUGGACUGGUCAACUUCAAAGAGUUCAUCCACCCGCUCACUGUGAUGUACCACGGAGACCUAACAGAGAAGCUGAAGCUGCUCUACAAACUGCACCUGCCUCCAGCCCUGGCUCCCGAGGAGGCAGAGUCUGCGCAAGAAGCCGCUCAGUUCUUCACUCCCGUCAAUAACAAAGAUGCUUCCCUUUCUUCCUCUGAGGACGGGAAGCCGCAGGUGAUGUCUUCAGCAGAAGAGGUGAAAACUGAAGGAGAAAACGCGGAGAAGAAAGAGGAGAAGGUUAAGGACUAUCGCUUCUACCUUCGGCAAUGGGCCAAAGAAACUGAGCCACGGAUUGACAGCAUCAAAGACCUGCCCCGCAUGAACCAGGAGCAGUUCAUCGAGCUGUGCAAGACCCUGUACUGCAUGUUCUCUGAGGACAAGUGCGAGCAGCAGCUGUACCACUCCAUCGCCACAGUGGCCUCUCUGCUGCUGCGCAUCGGCGAGGUGGCCAAACGCUUCAACAACCACAACCCUGAGCCCCCCGCGCAAAGCCCCACGGGACGAAAGCCGGACGCGCACUGGUCCAUCAGCUUUGAGCAGGUCCUGGCCUCGCUGCUCACCGAGGCCCCGCUGGUCGACUUCUUCGAGAGGAAGGCCCUGCUCCGGGACAAGAUGGCCGCCGCGCCCCGGAGUAGGAGGGAGUCUGAGUCCGAGGCGCACAAGUGA